AUGUGUGGUUUGACUUUCGAAACGAGAAAUGAAGAGAAUGAAAAUUUCUGGCAACAUAAACAUCAGAAUAAAACAACUUCAACACAGAAACAAGGCACAAUAAGAAAGCAAUCUUUAAAUCCUUGUUUUGAAGAGAAAACUGUCUGCAAACUCUUAUUUGCUUCUCUAUUGUCGUUUGUCGUUAAUCAUCAUCAUCGUCAUCGUCAUGACAAUGAUCAUGAGUUACGAGAAAGAAGAUGA